GCUUCCUGGGCGGGGACACAUUGUGCAAACCGCCGCUCCUCCUGCCGUCUGAUACCGCCAAAUUCAACACAAGGGACAUCCAACACAUAUCUAGUCGGAGAUCAUCGGUAUCCACAGCUGCUGCACCUGGUUUAAUCGAGAUUCGCUGAAGAUGCCCAUCACUCCGAAGAGACCCUGUUCUAAUACAGUGGAUGAGUCCAUGAACGACUCCAUGGAGAAGAGGAUAAAGCGGAUAUCGGUGGAGGGAAAUAUCGGUGAGUGCAGAAAACAAGCUUAACAGCUCUUUUAAUACCUACAUUUUAACCAUGUGUGUUUGCAAGCACACUAAUAAGAAGCAGGUUUAUGAUUCAUGGUGAUAGCAGACCGCUGUCGUGCGUUAUUUGGGUGCUUUUCAGAUUUGCCGCCAACUGUUAUUGUGCGGCUCCAUCCGGUGCAGAGUGGAUGUCUGUCUUGUAAAUAUCAGGUUUUGAGAUGGCUCAGAGGAUGGUUCACCUGUCAAACGCAUGAUUUAAUGAAAUAGUAGCCUGUUUAAGCACACAUCUUUGUGCAUCUUGUGUGUUCAGCGGCGGGCAAAUCCACCUUUGUGCGCCUUUUGGAGCAGGAGAGCGCGGACUGGGAGGUGGUACCGGAGCCUAUCGCAAGGUGGUGCAAUGUCCAAACACAAGGGAGUGAUUUUGAGGUAAAUGCACAUUUUGCCUGUUUUUAUGCACUUUUCUCUGUCAUGCUGUUCAUCUGAAACCCAUACAUAUAUCAUAGUCUGGCAUUAUUAGUAAUAGUUACAAUAAUUAUUAUUAUUCCACAACUCCACAAUAGAAACUUCAAUGUGCAAUAAAUAAUAUUAUCAUGUAAAUUCUGUACAGAUGUAAAUAAGACUCAUGUACACACAGUUGAAACCAGAAGUUUACAUACACUAUAUAAAAAGGCACAUAACCUUUUUUCCCCUCACUGUCUAACAUUAGAUCAGAUUAAUCAUUUCCUGUUUUUGGUCAAUUAGGAUUACCCAAAUUGUUUUUAUAGGCUAAAUGCCAGAAUAAGGAGAGAGAGAAUUUUUUGGGACCAUUUUUGAUUAUUUUCUCAAGAGUCACAGGUGUGCCUCGAAUUAACUCAGAUGUUGUCAAUAAUCAGAGGUUUCCAAAGACAUGAUAUCAUCAUUUGGACUUUACCAUAUUGUUUAAAGGCAUAGUCAUCUUAGUGUAUGUAAACUUUUGACUCUUGAGAAAAUAAUAAAAAAUUGUCUAAAAAAUGUCUCUCAUUAUUCUGGCAUUUAGCAAAUAAAAAUAAUUUUGGUAAUCCUAAUUGACCAAAACCAGGAAAAGUUUAAUCUGAUUUAAUGUUAGACGGUGAGAAAAAAAAGGUUACGUGCCUUUUUAUGUAGUGUAUGUAAACUUCUGGUUUCAACUGUAUAAGUAAGACUCAUGAGCAUAUCUUUUUUUAACUCAAAGUUUCUUUAUCUUUUAAUUUUCCUCUUUCUGUAACUGCAGUAUGCUGCCGUAAAUUUGGAAUUUCCCCCCGUGGGACUAUAAUAGGAACAUCUUCUUACUUCUUCUUCUUGUUAAUAUUUUUAGUAAGAAUUACGUUAAUAUUAUUAUUAUUAUUAUUAUUAACUAUUAUUACUAUUAUUAGUAAGUUUGUGACAUUUGGAGCCAUAGCUGGGGCCCUAAAUUUCCAUCAAUACUUUUUAUCAAGUGUGUUUUCCUGUGAUAACGAGCACAUUUCAUUAAAUUUUUAGAUCUUGGCUUGACAACAUAAGAUCAUAGCUCUUAUCACCAGUGUUACAAAAGCACAAACAGAAAUAGGCGUACGUCACCAAGUUAAAGCUCCUGUGAGAAUUAUUUAUUCUGUUAUAAAACAGACUGAUAUAAUAUCUUUUUUAAUGCUUUAUUGCAGGCUCAUUCAUUACAUACAUGUUCAUUUCAUACAUAGCAUAUUACAAGUUUCCUUUACUUGUUUAUUUCAGCCAGCAACCUUUUUUUCCUUUUUUAACACUCAUAAAUAAAUAAAUGUUAUUUCAAAAACAUAAGAAAAGAAAAGAUAGAAGGAAAAGAAAAGGGGAAAUAGAGUAGAAAUAAGGGAGAGAAAGGAAGAGAAAGAGAGAAAAAAGACGAGCCAUUAAAAUAACAUGAAAGAAAAAUGGGAAAAUGAAUUAACAAUAACAGUAUUGAAAGAAGAUUGGAAAGAAGCAUGUAAAAGAAUUUUUAAGACAACACAAUCUAAGUAUUGGUGAGAAUUUGCAUGGAAAAUUAACAUAAAAAUUUCUUUAACACUCAAAAUUUAAUCAAAUUAUAGACCAGCAGGCAGUGCUGAAUGUUGGAGGAAAUGUGCAGAAAUGGAGGCCACUCAUGCUCAUAUUUUCAUUCUCUGUCCAAUAUUGAAAAGAUCUUCGGGAAACGGUAAAGGUAAAAAUAACAAAACUUUUUCACUUAAAGAAUCCCUUACACCAAGUUAUUAUUUUAUUAGGUAUUAUUCCAUUAGAAUUACAUAGAGAAGGGGAUAAAUAUCUUUUUACAAUGCUACGAAUUUCUGCUUUAAGACAAAUCACACGCAAAUGGUUGGAUGCAAAGCCACCAUGGAGUAAUGAUUUGAAAAAAAAAACAGUUGAAGAGAUUAAAGAUUUGGAAAGAAUAACCCACAAAAUGAGGAACUGUGACAAUGAAUUCAAAAGAAACUGGAGUAAGUGGGUCCCAUAAAUACAUGAAACAUGUUUUAUUUAUGACUGAUUUUAAUAUCAAUGCCACCACAUGAGCUUUAAAAGCAAAGAAAAACAUCAGAACAGAGACUGAUUGUUUCUGCGUAGUUAUUCCAGAGGUUUUAAGAAGCUGUCAGAGGGUAGGGGACAGUCCCAGUGAUGAAUUGUAUUUUGACAAAACAGCCAAAUUUUCCAUUUUCCUUGGACUUCCUGUCCAUAGGUGCUUUAAUGUAAAUGACAGAGCAUUAGAGCCACAUUACUAGGGUUGGGUAUCGUUUGAUUUUGAACGAUUCCGAUUCCAAUUUCGAUUCCUCAUUUCGAUUCCGAUUCCUAUCGAUUCUCUAAUUCGAUUCUUUUAAAAGGCAGGAUAUCAAAAAGAAAAAAGAAAAAAAAAAGCAUCGUUUGAAUGAGGGUGCUAACCGGGGCUCUUCUUUUUGGAUGAAAUUUCUGAACUUCUCCAUGAAUUUUUAAAUCCUAUUAACUUUUUAAGAACUUUGCUAUGGAUUUCUCACAGAGCUAUUUUCAACCAGUAUAUAAAUAUCAAUUUUUGUUUUCAGGUCGUUUGUCUAUGAAAAAGCACAAGGGCUAACGUUAGAUGGAUAUUUAAGUUUACUCACCGUACACAGUUCAAUUUCUUUACCGUUUCAAAGUUAGCAGAGGACAGAAGUCAUUUAUUGUUUCACUUAUCUGAUCCUGACUGGUUAGUGGAAGACAGGUGUUGUGCUGUAGAAUGCACCCCUGCCGUAGAAUGCCUCCCCUUCACUGAUUAGCUUCUUAGUGGAAGAAAUAUGAUCUCAUAUUUAAUAAAACACGGGUAUUAGAUCAUGAAAACGUGUCAAAUGGAGCAGUAAACUUUCGUUUUGUUUGUAUGUGUCUCAAAAAUGCACACAUAAAGGUGUACUUGGGUAUAUAAACUGUAGAGAACAUUAUAUUUUCAGGACAGUAAAUAUUCCGAAUCAGAGGGCUAUUGUUUUCGGCAUAUCUGAAUAGCCUGAAUGAAAUCAUUAAAGGCACACGCUUUAGAUUCCGUCCAACGGUAAGAAAAACUUGGAUUGUUUCGCCUUGUUGUGUACUUUCAACCGCGCUCCCGUCAGGGGUGCAUUCAACAGCAGAGGUGCAUUCUCUGGCACAACACCGGCGAAGCGCGUCAAAGACGAGCACUCGGGUAUUUCUCCUCCAUGAAUCCUGAGGUGUUUAAUCACGUUGGUCGUUUACCCUCCUUUGCAUGAUAUAACUGUAUUGCUAAUGUUGCAUUGAGAUAAGAGCUCAUUCUUCCUGCUAAAGUUAGCCAAACUUUUGACCAACGAAGAAGAAGCUGCCGAACACCAACGAGGACGGAGCGUAUGAGACGAAGCCACACAGAGAGAGGAGAGAGACAGAGAGAGAUUACAUUGUAACCCACAGCGGCUGCAUUGCUGUGGGUUGCAAUGUACUUUCUCUCUCUGUCUCUCUCCUCUCUCUGUGUGGCUUUGUCUCAUACGCUCCGUCCUCAUUGGUGUUAAGCGGCUUCUUCUUCGUUGAUUUUCGGCGGCUAUUUCUUCCGGUCGGCGGACUCUGGCAUCGAAACUUGGAAUCGAAAUUUUAAUAUUUGAACGAUACCGGAAGAAUCAAAGUUUUAGUCCCGAUUCCCAUCGAUUCUCGAUUCUCGAUUCCCAACCCUACACAUUACAGAAAAAAAUAAAAGGUUUUCAAAGUUUUAGAAUAUUUUUCUGAGUCAUUUUCUCACAAGAAUAAAGUCAUAGUUUAAUAAUAUUCAAAGUUCAACUCAACUCAACUUUAUUUGUUAAGCGCUUUAAAACAACCACAGCUGAACAAAGUGCUAUACAUAAAUAGACAAAACAACUAGACAAAAAAAAACAAUAAAAACAAUGGAUUAAAUAAAAGCAGAAUUAAAAAUUAAAAUAUUGUUUCAGUGUUUUUAAAAACUAAUUUAAAAACAUAGAAACAAAUAACUAAAAACAAACCAUAAAACACUAAAACAGGAGCCGAGUCUCAUGCAGGGUUAAAAGCCAAUGAAUAAAAAUGGGUUUUAAGACGAGUUUUAAAAAUUGACAGUGUCGGGGCUUGUCUGAUUUGGAGGGGUAGCUCGUUCUAUAAUUUUGGGGCUGCAACAGAAAAAGAUCUAUCCCCUCUGAGCUUCAGUUUGGACCUCAGUACCUCCAGGAGCAGCUGAUAAGCUGACCAGAGGCACCGAGCAGGGGUGUAGGGGUGGAGAAGCUCAGAGAGGUAAGAUGGAGUUCAAUGAUUAUCAGCAUAAUGCUCUUUUAAGGGGGAUACCAUAAGUCUUAGUUUUUCAGAGUCCUGAUUCUUAUACCUGUGUGGUGCUGAGAGGACAAAAUAUUAGAGACGGUUUAAAGAGACGCUUAAUGUUCAUCAUUUUGGUUCAGGCAGCUGGCUGCUCAACAUAAACCACAACUACAAUUAUAUCACAACUUCAUGUUCUCAUUACACAAGGACUUUGUUCUCAAUAUAUUAUGACUUAACAACAACUUUCAUUUGUUAUAAUAUGGAUUAAAGAAGCAACAUUAUGGCUUGAUUUUAGUGAGAAAAUUACUUUUUUCACAAGAGAACUACUUAAAAUUAACUAAAUCUAGCAAAAAAGAACCAUUAACUGUGACAAAGAUUUUUCUCCUUCCUUUAUUUAUAAAAUAUGAACAUUACUCUUUCUCUAAAGGAAAUAUCAACUGGAAAAAACUGCAAAUUGAAACGACUAUAGAAAAGAAAACAGUGUCAACAAACAUAAUCCAUUUUGCAAACUUUAAAAUUAGUCAAAUCAAAUCAAAUCAAAUUUUAUUUAUAUAGCGCCAAUUCACAACAGUCGUCAUCUCAAGACGCUUUUCAAGGAACAAGAGCAGGUCUGGACCACGCUCAUUGUUUGAUGAUCAAGAACCAACCUAAGAUGGGUUUUGGGGGGGGGGGGGGGGUCUGCGGCAACGGUCCAGAGGAGCCAAAGAGCCAAAGAGUUGGAGGAGCUCAGGGCCCAGGGUGGAUGCAGCUGGGGUCAGGCAGUUCCGCAGCAGACCUGUUUGCAGCAUUAGUCCAGUGGCAGCUAAAAGACUCAGAGACACUCAGAGAGACAGAAAACUGGUCAGUGACUUAUAUGGGACAUAAAGAUCUAAAGAGGAGAUAGAGACAGACUCUAGCUCAGUGUGCCAGAUAGCCCCGGCAGUCUAGGCCUAUAGCAGCAUAACUAAGAGCUGGUUCAAAUCAGCCCUGACUAUAGGCUUUAUCAAAGAGGAACGUUUUAAGUCUACUCUUGAAUGUUGAGUGUGUCUGCCCCCCGAACCUCGAGCGGUAAAUGAUUCCAGAGGAGAGGUGCCUGGUAGCUGAAAGCUCUUCCUCCAAUACUACUUUUAGAGACAUUUGGUACAACGAGCAGACCUGCAGACUGUGAGCGUAACGGUCUAGAUGGAAAGUACGGUAUAACUAGCUCGUUGAGAUACGAUGGCGCCUGGCCAUUAAGCACUUUAUAUGUCACAAGGAGGAUUUUAAACUCAAUUCUAUAUUUAAUAGGGAGCCAGUGAAGAGAGGCUAAAACAGGAGAGAUGUGCUCCCUCCUUCUAGUUCUAGUCAAUACCCGAGCUGCUGCAUUUUGGACCAGCUGAAGAGUCCUUAAUGACUUACUAGAGCAGCCUGAUAGGAGAGAAUUACAGUAAUCCAGCCUAGAGGUAACAAAUGCAUGGACUAGUUUUUCUGCAUCGCUCUGAGACAAUAUACGUCUAAUUUUUGAGAUAUUGCGCAGGUGGAAAAAGGCUGUCCUGGAAAUUUGUUGAAUGUGGGAGCUAAAAGAUAAAUCCUGAUCAAAUACAACUCCUAGAUUUCGCACAGUGGGGCUGGAUGCCAGGCUGAUACCAUCAAAUGUAGCUAAAUUACUAGAGAACGCCUCUCUAAGGUGUUUAGGACCGAGGACCAGAACUUCAGUUUUGUCUGAGUUGAGCAUUAGAAAAUUAUUGGUCAUCCAGGAUUUUAUAGCUUUGAGGCAGGCUUCUAACCUAACAACCUGGCCUGCUUCCUCUGGCUUUAUGGAUAGGUAUAGCUGGGUGUCAUCUGCAUAACAGUGGAAAUUAAUCGAGUACUUCCUCAUAAUUUUACCCAGCGGAAUCAUGUACAGGGUGAACAGGAUUGGACCGAGCACUGACCCUUGCGGCACACCGUAGCAGACCUUGGUGUGUGCAGAGGAUUCAUUAUUUACAUUGACAAACUGGGAUCAAUCUGUUAGGUACGAUUUAAACCAGGAGAGAGCUGAUCCUGCUAUGCCUAUAGAUUGUUCUAGUCUCUGAAGCAGGAUGGAGUGGUCAAUUGUGUCAAAUGCUGCACUAAGAUCUAACAGGACUAGAACAGAGAGAAAACCAUUGUCUGAGGCCAUGAGUAGGUCAUUUGACACCUUUAGCAGAGCAGUCUCUGUGCUGUGAUGGGUUCUAAACCCAGACUGGAAAUCCUCUAAUAAACCAUUGUUAUGGAGAAAAUCACAGAGUUGAUUCGCAACAACUUUCUCUAGGAUUUUAGAAAUAAAAGGAAGGUUGGAUAUUGGUCUAUAGUUAGCUAGGGAGCUUGAGUCCAGAGUAGGUUUUUUAAGGAGAGGCUUAAUCAAUGCAGUCUUGAAAGACUGGGGAACAUAUCCUGUUAAUAAAGACGUGUUAAUCAAUUUGAGCAGGGACGUACUAAUCAAAGGAAGAGUUUCCUUCAGCAAUUUUGAUGGAAUCGGGUCUAAGAGACACGUCGAUGGUUUGGCUGCUAGCACCACUGACUAAAUUGUGUCAAAUGUGUGUAACUCCUUCAUCACAUACAGUAUGUAUGGAUACAUGUCCGCUCAGGACUUACAUACAAACAAAAUAAAUCAGGAAUGAAUUUCAUCAUACUCAAGGAACCUGACCCUCUCACGCUGCCACUGCUCCAGCACGCACAGCUCACGUCAAGAUAACUGGGAGAGUCUCCAUCUGUAUUUAGAGCACAGCUGCCAUCUGCCCAUAUAUCUGCACUGACUGGUUACCAGCAACACACCCCGGAGCAACAGAUGGUCCAAGUCUGGACGGAUGAGCAUGCCAUCAUCGGGGCAGACAAGUCCAGCCUCCCACACGGCUGCAGGCCCAGAGUCACCCUCAACCUCAGGCUCAUUUUCAGGAGCUCAUAGCAGUGCAUAAAUAAGAGUUUGUCAGACAGAUACAACAGCCCAGAGCCCAGGAGAAUCAUACAAUACAAGGUCAUUAAAAAUGCUCCCUCUAAAGACCAGUAACGAUAAGAUUUAUGAGAGAUAAAUAAGAGAAAACCCAGUUCUUACAAUUCGGCAUGUAAUAUUCUCAACAAUGAUGCAUUUCACUAUCAGAAGUCAGCAAAAUUAGAUUUUUGUUCGAAAACACAACUAAAGUAUGCAGAGGACAAGAUAAGCAAGGUCUGCUGUGUCCACAAGGUGGCGCCAAAGUGACACAAUCUUAAAGUUCCCCACAGGAGCUUUAAUAGUCAUCGCUGUGUACUCAACUUUAUUAUUCUGAGUUGAAAAUGAAUCCAAAAUAGUUGUUUCUUCAAAGUAAAGAUAGUAUUUAAAAAUUAAGCAAAUAGCAAUAUGCACGUGCUCAGUCUCAUCAAGCCUAAUGGGUUCCUGUUAAUUUUAUGCACUGUUUAAAAUUCAGCCCGUCUCAUAUUUUCACAACAGGAGCUGACCACGUCUCAGAGGAGUGGAGGGAACAUACUGCAGAUGAUGUACGAGAAACCGGAGAGGUGGGCCUACACCUUCCAGAGCUACGCCUGUAUCAGCCGAGUGCGCGCUCAGAUCAGGUCGGCCAACGGGAAGCUCCAAGAGGCGGAGAAUCCGGUGCAGUUCUUCGAGAGGUCCAUCUACAGCGACAGGUAUCUGCUGAGAUGUAGAUAUAAGGAUUAUUAAACCUGUUCGCACCGAGUUUGUUCAAGAAUUUGAAUCACAUACAAGUUUUAUCAUCAAUUUGUGGACUAAAAACUAGCUUAAAAUUAACUAGCUCUGCAGUAAGAAAAAACAUGUCACAGUCUUGACCCACACAUCACUCUUCCUAGCUGCAGGUACCCUUUAUACACUGACCUCUGACCUCCUCUCUCUGGGAACUUACCUAAACCAUGACAGCGGUAAAAGUUGCUCCCUGAACUGAGGCUCAGCCUCCAGUAGCAGACGCUCCAGAAUCUGCGAUAUUUUUGUUAUCAGUUUGAUUCUGGAGACGUCUCCUCGGUCAGUGUUUGUUUAUGAAUGAAGGGGGCGGAGCUUCCAGAGGAGCAUCAGUAGGAGGGCUGUAUUUACUCGCUUGUCUAAAUCAGAUACUAACAGUAUUUCUCCCCAAUAACAGCCGUGCAUUAACUCAUUGUUUUAGCUGAAUCAGGACACAGGUUUAUGGUUCUAAUCAGAGCUAAAGCCUCAAUAGGACCCUGAGCAAAAUCUGAUUUUGGGGCCCUCUAUUUCUGCCAAUAAUAUUGAUUGUUGAUCGUUCACACACCUUCACAAAUCUCUUUGAUUAACAUUCCAAGACAUGCAAACAUACCUUUAUCUUGGCAUUUUUCUCCUCCUCCUCUUUCUUUUCUCUGCUCCUGAAGGAUAUGUCCUUUUUUGCAACAUUGUUUUGCCCCACAACUUCCUGUGCUUUGGAUGCUCAGUGCACAUUUCACAGCAGAAGGCACAUAACCGUAGCAGAGCUUUGACAUAUCGGCAGUAAGAAUCAUAGGCCUACAUCAGCAGCAGCACUAAAAUGUUUUUACUUUACUUCUACUUUUAAGGUUUUUAUUUUUACAAUUAUAUAUAUUUGAUCAUACAGAAAGCAUCACUCAUACAUGCAAAAAAUAAAAAAUAUUAUCAUUAUUAUUAUUUUUGAUUGCUCUUGGGGGCCCCUAUCCGCUGUGGGGCCCUAAGCAGGCGCUCAGUUUGCUUAUGCCUCGGGCCGCUCUGGUUCUAGUUUCUCUACUUUUUCCUGCUUAUUUAGUGACUGGAGUUGCAACUGUAAAUUGUUUCUUUGAUGAAUUUGUCUUCUUUUGGCAAACAGCAUUCACUUAAAAAAACUUCGACUAUUUUUCUGAAAUAACAGAAAAUCUGGGGACUGCAACAAAACCUUUGUGAUGAUCAAAAGUUCUGCCCUGUUUUUUUUUUUUUUUAAUUUAAGGAAAUGUUCAUCCUGGGAUAAAGAUUUUAAAUUUGUCAUUUUUGAAAGAUUAUUUGGGGCCUUUUUCCCUUUAUUGACAAAUAGAAACGAAGAGAUGGUGGGGAAUGACAAACAGAGAAGGGGACACUGGGUGAAAUCAAACAAGGACCGCCUGCAUGUACGGGCCUCCUCUUCGACCGCUAGGCUAUUGUAGCUCCUUAAGAUUAGACAAAUCUGAAUCAAAUUUGUCUGUUUUUCUUAACAAGCAAGACUUUUAACCCAGUAAUUCAGUAAAACAGAGGAUUUUAUUUUUUCUUGAGUGAAUGCAGCAUACUCUCUAAAAUUUGGGGAAAAAAUGAAAAAUCUUUAAGUAAAUAUUGAACAUUACAAACUCAGAUGAAGUUGUGGGUGAGGCAGAGAGGUGAGUGAAAACAGACCUAGAGAUAAAGAAAUAUGCAGUGGAGCUGAAGUAAUUAUAUAUCAGCAUUUGCUCAAAUUAAACACUGAUGUCAAACGCUAAAUUAUUAGUUAUUGUUGAUAAUGAAUCGACCCCUUAUCACUAAAUUAAAGAGGUAUUCGUCCCUUUUUUGCUUCAAUUGUGGCCCCUGUAAUUUCUAAAGUUUCAUACUUUAAUACUACUUUUAAUUUGGAUAAUAAAUGAGAAACAACCACAUUUUAUUUCUCAUUUAAUUUGUCGUUUCACGUUUAUGGUUGUAUCUCAUGAAGAGAGUUAGUCUUUUUUAUGAAUCUGUUCAUUAAAAUAACUCACAGUGUUAUGAGAAGGCAGUGUGCAUUAAAAAAAACUUUGAAAUGGUCCUUUAACUUUUUGCUUUGAGCUUCUGUUCACUGUUUUUUUCCGUUCCCCCCCUGCCGUGUCUCAGGUACAUCUUUGCAGCCAACCUUUAUGAGAGCGAGUGUCUGAGUGAGACUGAAUGGUCCGUCUACCAGGACUGGCACGGCUGGCUGCACAACCAGUUCGGCAAGAACAUCGAGCUGGACGGUAUCAUCUACCUCAGAGCUUCACCUGAGGUACUCCCCCUCAUCUCCUCGACCCUUUUUUUCCCCCCUCUGCUUUGCCCUGACAUGUAAAAAAAUACCUAUUUUCUGUACAGACGUGUAACUGUUACUUAAAACAUUUUAACAAAUGUGCUGUUGUGUGUGUCUGUGCAGAAGUGUCUAGAGCGGCUGCACCUGAGAGGGAGAGCGGAGGAGCAGGACAUCCCUCUGGAGUAUCUGGAGAAGCUGCAUUUGAAACACGAGAGCUGGCUGCAGCAUAAAACCAUGAAGUAGGUUCACAUGUAAAAACACAAGUGAAUGAAAAGUCCGCACAGACAGCUCUGUCUGUGAUAAUUGGGUCUUUUUAAGCAGAUUAUUCAAACAGUUUCGGGUCCUCGUGAUAUGCAUCUGCCUCAUUACUGAGCUUUAGAAAUGGAUGAGGCUGGAAAUGGGUUUGUGUCUUUCAUUCUUUUGCGCUCUCAGGAAUUCUUGACAGAGAUGAAAGCUUCACCUUGAGGGACUAAGUGAAGAAGAAAAAAAAGGGGGAUUUGAUAGGCAUCACUAACUGUUUUCCCCCCUCUGGCCCACAGCAUGGACUUUAAGUAUCUGACUGAGGUGCCCGUCCUGACCAUAGAUGUGAGCGAAGAUUUUAAGGCGAGCGACACAAAGAGCGCAGACAUGAUUGAGAAGGUGAGUCGCAGGUCAACACAUAAAAGUCCAGUAAACCUCAAGUAACAAUCACUUACAGUCAGUGGAUGGUUUAAUGAGUGUUUUAAUGGCCUGUUGUUCUAAUUAGUUUUUCUGCAUUUAAACAAAACAGUUCAAUAAAAUAUGAGACACAAAGCAAAACUGGUGUUUUGGCAUCUUCUGAUAUUUGCUUUUUUGCUUUCAAACAAAUAUGAGUUUUUCAAUUAAUGAUAACAAAGCAAGUCAGUUGGUCGAUAACAUGCUGUCUUCUUUGCACUUUAUAAUAACAAUAAAAAUAUAUAUAUAUUUCAUGCUCAUUCAGGCCUAAUAUACUGUACAUGGUUGUCUUAGCCAGAAACAUGUUUCAGAAGGAUUUUGAAUUAAAUCAUCAAACAGAUAUAUUUAAAAUACAUCAAAACAUGACAGAUUUAUUAAGGCACAGGAAUUUAAAAAGUAUUUACUUCUUCGUACUCCUUUUCCAACGUGUAUAAUUACUUCAUUUCUUUUUUUUUCUAUGUAUGUAAAAGGAAAUAUUCUAUUUAUUUUAUCUCUUUGCAUACAUUUUUUAAAUGAAUAAAUUCAUUUAUGUCAAAGGCAGUGUUAAACUCCAUUUUUUGACAUAUUAUGGCAGAUUUCAUAACAAACAGUUACUAGUAACUGCUGGAUUUGAUCAGCUAUAUUCAUGAUGGGAAAAACGUGUUAUCAUGUUUACCUUACUCGACAGCAGACAGAUUGAUCAGGCUGCCUGCAGUGUCUGCAGAUAUUAAGUGUUGGUGCAGGACAGUGGAGAGAGCAGGAAAAGAGCCACAGGAGGGAAUCAGACCAGCCAAUGCUGAAUUAUGUUGAAAUCAGCCCAAAUAAUCAAUCCAGCCUUACUUUCUUUUCUACAAAAAAAGUCAGUGUUGUGCUGCUACUGGACAUGUAGCAGAUUUCACAUUCUACUUCCCUUAUAAUUUCACACCUGUUAUGAACUUUUCUUUUACAUUUUUUGAUAAUUUCUAUAAAGUUUGGGAUCAUGACUGAAAUCAGGACAACGCUCCAGUGAUAAAGACAUUUAAAGUUCCUGCAAUCCUGAAUUUUUUUUUUUUUUUUUAAAUAAACUAACUAUUAAGGUUUCUGCACCCUCACACAUUUCUGAGGCUGAUUUUAUAAUCUGCUUUUAAAAUAUCGCUCUACAUCAAAGAAAAGUAAAAAUCAUAAAAAUAAGCUUCAACUCAAGCUCCACUUGAUAAAACAAUUGAUGUCAACCAAAGCGAUAAAGAAAAAAAUCUUUCUGCUUCAUUAUUCCAAAAAUAAGAUGGAGAUGCCGAGUACGUCACUGUGCAAAGACAGCUGUUUUGCCUCCAUAAUGAGUCUGUUUACUUUGGAAACUUUUUAGUUCUGCUGAUGAUUCUGUAACUGAAAAACACAGAGGGGUUUUUAUGUGGUUAUAAAACAGACUGAAGAGGGAUAUGAUGAGUCUGAUACAGCCUGGAGAGGCGGAUAAGGCAAUUAGAAACGAUAUAAACCUUAUUAAAAUAGAUAUUAGUGAAUCAAAAGUUCCUCGCUGAAGCUUUAAGUCAAAAAAGUUAGAUUUGAUCCGUUCCAGCUGAUAAAAGUUCGCAGAACCGUUUUAAGAAAUACAUUUAUUUUUAGAGGAAGAGGCUUUGCAUCACGCUGGGUGUGAUCCCCCCUGAUAUGAAUACACACACCGGCAGGUUUCACCCAUGGAAACAAGGCCUGAAGGGCUGCUUCUGUUAGUUUCAUGUUGAUGGUAAACACAGGAACCUUUUUGGAGAGAUUUCCACCUCGUUUGAAACUCAUUCAUAAUAAAAAGACCCAGUUACUCUCACAAUGCUCGGAAACUGAAUCACUGAGCGUUGCAGAUAUGAUUGUCUCAGGUUUGACUUUUUUUUUUACUUGUAAUGCUAAAGGCUUCUUUCUCUUGUUUCCUUGAAGGUGAGGGAGUUCUUGAGCACACUGUGAAGCUCUCCGGAUGAUGGAAAUUUUCAGCUCAGCAACAGAAAAUCAAAGAUGUAACCAUUACAGUAUCUUUCCACACAGUUGUUUAAAAUGGUGGUUUUUAAUGUUUUUUCACCACUUAAGUGUAUUUAUAGUGUUUGUAUAUGAAAAUGAAAGUAUGUGUUAAUUUUAUAUCAAAAAAUGAAAAUAAAACUUGAUCAUUUGAGUGUUUUUGGUUGUUUUCCAGUAAAGUGAAAGUCAUUAUUUUCAAGACACUAGUGGUUUUGAAUGUUUUUUCACCGCUAAAGUAUAUUCAUGUUAUUUUUGUAUGUGCAAAUGAAAGUAUGUGUUAAUUUUGUAUUGAAAAAUGAAUCUGAACUUGAUCAUUUCAGUGUUUUUGGUUGUUUUUCCAGUAAAUUCGCUUCUCAGAUUAAUUAAAGUGCUAAAAUGACAGUCGCUAUUUUCAAGACACGAGUGGUUUCGAAUGUUUUCUCACCGCUAAACUGUAUUCAUGUAAUUUUUGUAUGUGCAAACGAAGGUAUGUGUGUUCAUUUUGUAUUGAGAAAUGAAACUGAACUUGAUCAUUUGAGUGUUUUUGGUUGUUUUUCUAAUAAACUCCAAAAAAGUGUUAAAA